CCCUGGCGUCGGGAGUCGGACGGUGCCGGGUGAAGGGAAGAAGCGGAGCGGAGGGAAGAAGGGGGACUUCGAGAUCCCCGUCCCCGUAGGCACGCGGCGAGCCCCACGCGUGGGCCUGCGGCAGCCGGGUGUAUACUUUUGUGUAGAAUACCUGGGGAGAAGAAACAAUGGAUUCUUUGGAUCACAUGCUGACAGAUCCCCUGGAACUGGGUCCCUGUGGAGAUGGCCAUGGUACACGGAUCAUGGAAGACUGCCUUUUGGGUGGUACCAGGGUUAGUCUGCCUGAAGACCUUCUGGAGGAUCCUGAGAUAUUCUUUGAUGUCGUCAGCCUCUCUACAUGGCAGGAAGUCCUAAGUGAUUCUCAGCGUGAACAUCUCCAGCAGUUUCUGCCUCAGUUUUCCACAGACAAUGUGGAGCAGCAGAAUGAGCUCAUCCUUGCCCUGUUCAGUGGGGAGAACUUCCGCUUUGGAAACCCUCUUCAUAUUGCCCAGAAGCUUUUCCGAGAUGGACACUUUAACCCUGAAGUGGUCAAGUAUCGUCAGCUCUGCUUCAAGUCACAGUACAAGCGGUAUCUCAACUCCCAACAGCAGUAUUUCCAUCGGCUGCUGAAACAGAUUCUUGCUUCCAGAAGUGAUCUAUUGGAGAUGGCUCGUAGGAGUGGCCCUGCUCUUCCCUUUCGCCACAAGCACCAUUCACCAUCCCGAAGCCCUGAAGAGCGUGAGUGGCGGACCCAGCAGCGUUACUUGAAGGUCUUGCGGGAAGUGAAGGAGGAAUGUGGUGACACUGCCCUGUCCUCUGAUGAAGAGGCCACGUUGGAUUUACAAGAAAAAUUUUCUUUUGAAGAUCUCAGCUCAUGGCUUCCAAGCUCUCCAGCACGUUCUCCUAGUCCUGCGGUGCCCCUGAGGGUGGUGCCCACGCUUUCCACUACGGAUAUGAAAACUGCAGAUAAAAUAGAGCUGGGGGACAGUGACCUGAAGAUAAUGUUAAAGAAGCACCAUGAGAAGCGGAAACAUCAACCAGAUCACCCAGACCUUUUGACAGGGGACCUGACCCUCAGUGACAUCAUGACUCGAGUAAAUGCUGGCAGGAAGGGCUCUCUAGCAGCCUUAUAUGAUUUGGCUGUUCUUAAAAAAAAGGUGAAGGAAAAAGAAAAGAAGAAGAAAAUAAAAUUGAUUAAAUCCGAGGCAGAAGAUCUGGCUGAGCCUCUAAGCAAUACUGAAGGGGUCCCAGCUCUCUCACAGGCCCCUUCUCCACUGGCAAUAUCGUCUAUCAAGGAAGAGCCCCUGGAAGACAUCAAGCCUUGCCUCGGGAUCAAUGAGCUAUUUUCCAGUUUUUUCUCUCUUCUGUUAGAAAUCUUGCUGGAGGGUCAAGCUAGCCUUCCUGUGCUGGAGGAUCGGGUUUUGGACUGGCAGUCUUCUCCAGCCAGCUCCCUCAACAGCUGGUUCUCUGCUGCCCCCAACUGGGCUGAGUUGGUGUUGCCUGCUCUGCAGUAUCUUGCCGGAGAAAGCCGAGCGGUUCCUUCUAGUUUCUCUCCAUUUGUUGAAUUCAAAGAGAAAACCCAGCAGUGGAAAUUGCUUGUUCAGUCUCAAGAUAAUGAAAAGGAAUUAGCUGCUCUCUUCCACCUGUGGUUAGAAACCAAAGACCAGAUCUUCUGUAAGCAGGAGAAUGAAGACAGCUCAGACGCCAUGACACCUGUCCCUCGAGUAAGAACUGACUAUGUGGUGCGGCCUAGCACAGGAGAAGAGAAACGGGUGUUUCAAGAGCAGGAGCGUUACAGGUAUAGCCAACCUCAUAAGGCAUUUACCUUUCGCAUGCAUGGCUUUGAGUCUGUGGUGGGGCCAGUGAAGGGUGUGUUUGACAAGGAGACCUCCCUCAACAAGGCUCGUGAACAUUCCCUGCUGCGUUCUGACCGACCUGCCUAUGUCACCAUUCUGUCUCUUGUUCGGGAUGCUGCAGCGCGGCUGCCUAAUGGAGAAGGCACUCGGGCAGAGAUCUGCGAACUGCUCAAGGACUCUCAGUUUCUUGCUCCAGAUGUCACCAGCACUCAGGUGAACACUGUAGUGAGUGGUGCACUGGAUCGACUGCAUUAUGAAAAAGACCCUUGUGUGAAAUAUGACAUUGGGCGAAAGCUGUGGAUCUACCUGCAUCGUGACCGGAGUGAGGAAGAGUUUGAACGGAUCCAUCAAGCUCAAGCAGCAGCAGCUAAAGCCAGAAAAGCUCUUCAGCAAAAACCCAAGCCGCCAUCCAAGGUGAAGUCCAGUAAUAAGGAGAGCUCCAUGAAGGGUCUUAGUGGCCCUUCUGAGCAAAGCCAGAUGAGCCUCAGUGACUCCAGCAUGCCACCUACCCCAGUUACACCUGUAACCCCCACCACGCCAGCAUUGCCCACCACCCCCAUAUCUCCUCCACCUGUAUCGGCAGUGAGCAAAAGUGGCUCUACCACUGUCUCUGAGCCAGCUAAGUCAAGUUCAGGUGUUCUUCUGGUGUCCUCACCAACAAUGCCACAGCUAGGAACGAUGCUUUCCCCAGCUUCCAUCCAGACUCCACCCAGUUCUCAGGCUACUGCUCGGGUUGUAAGCCACUCUAGCUCAGCAGGACUGCCCCAGGUUCGGGUGGUAGCCCAGCCCAGCCUUCCUGCUGUUUCCCAGCAGUCAGUAGGGCCAGCACAGACACUACCACAGAUGCCAGCAGGACCACAGAUUCGUGUGCCAGUCACUGCUACACAAACCAAAGUAGUACCCCAGGCAGUUGUAGCAACUGUUCCAGUCAAGGGGCAAACUGCAGCGGCUUCUGUACAGCGGCCUGGACCUGGGCAGACAGGGCUUACAGUGACAAAUCUCCCUGCUGCAGUCAGCCCAGUGAGCAAGCCAGCCAUGAGUUCUCCCGGGAACUCUGCUCCAAGUGCCUCCACGACAGCCGUCAUCCAGAAUGUCACAGGACAGAACAUCAUCAAGCAGGUAUCAAUAACUGGGCAGCUUGGCGUGAAGCCCCAGACAGGCAGCAGCAUUCCACUCACAGCCACUAACUUCCGUAUCCAGGGUAAAGAUGUACUGCGCCUGCCACCCUCUUCCAUCACCACAGACGCCAAGGGCCAGACGGUUUUGAGAAUCACUCCGGACAUGAUGGCCACAUUGGCCAAGUCUCAGGUUACCACAGUCAAAUUGACUCAGGACCUCUUUGGGACAGGAAGUGGCACUGCAGGCAAAGGCAUCUCCGCUACCUUACACGUCACUUCCAACCCUGUCCAUGCAGCAGACAGCCCUGCCAAGACCCCUUCAGCCAGUGUUCCUUCAUCAGCUCCAGCAGGUACUACCGUGGUCAAAGUAACUCCUGAUCUCAAGCCAACAGAAACCUCGAAUUCAGCUUUUCGCUUGAUGCCAGCUCUUGGAGUGAGUGUGGCAGAUCAGAAGGGAAAGAACACAGUGGCCUCUUCAGAAGCAAAACCUGCUGCCACAAUCCGCAUUGUGCAGGGUCUGGGAGUGAUGCCUCCUAAAGCAGGCCAGACUAUUACUGUUGCAGCACAUGCAAAGCAAGGAGCCUCUGUCGCUGGUGGGUCUGGAACUGUCCAUUCUUCAACGGUGUCCUUGCCCAGUAUAAAUGCUACUGUGUCUAAGACUGUGGCUGUGGCUUCUGGAGCAACAAGCACCCCCAUCAGCAUUGGGACUGGAGCCCCCACGGUGCGACAGGUCCCUGUUAACACUACAGUUGUGUCCACAUCCCAGUCUGGGAAGCUGCCUACAAGGAUCACAGUUCCUCUCUCUGUGAUUAGCCAGCCAAUGAAGGGCAAGAGUGUCGUCACAGCCCCCAUUAUCAAAGGCAACCUUGGAGCCAAUCUCAGUGGGCUGGGUCGCAACAUCAUCCUCACAACCAUGCCAGCAGGUACUAAGCUAAUUGCUGGCAAUAAGCCAGUGAGUUUCCUCACUGCCCAGCAGUUGCAGCAACUUCAGCAACAAGGUCAGGCCACACAGGUGCGCAUCCAGACUGUUCCCGCAUCCCAUCUCCAACAGGGCACAGCUUCUGGCUCCUCCAAAGCAGUCUCCACUGUUGUUGUGACCACCGCUCCUUCUCCUAAACAAGCACCUGAACAACAGUGACUGAGAAAGAGAGGCAGCUUUAAGAGACCAGGCCUCAUGCAUCUUGGCUGACAGAAAGGGAACAGGGAAGUUGUUUGCUUCAUUCCUCAGAGCUCUCCUGCUUGAGGCAGAGUGGUGGAGGGUGAUGCCAGCUAUGGCCUAGGUUCUGCAGCCACACUCCAGAAUGAAGCCCUGACGAGGUUCCAUUUUAGGGUUUCAGGGCUGCACUGUCUAGUCCAGGAGGAGAGAACAUCAAAGUCAUGGGAGGUCACAGUCACAAAAGCCAGAGUUUACCUCCUGAGUGGUGGAUGCCCAGGGAGCAGGCCUUCCAGUUGGGGAGCGGGCCAGCAGCGAAUAAGCCUCAUUCUGUGUGAGGAUUUUACUUUUUAGUUUUCGACCUUCUUGGUGACUUGUCCAGAUGAGUUUUGUGUCAAGAAAAUUUUGUGUAACUUAUUUUUUUAAAAAAACUUAUUGUGCAUCUUUUAUCAAAUAGAAAUGAGGGCUUUAGUGCCCCUAAACUGAUCCCUUACUCCUUUGGCCAGAAUGAGAGCAUAAUAAUACUCUUAACAGGUUGGGGGCUUACUUGAUAAUGAGAGGUUACAUAGUAGGGAAUGUAGGCCAUGAGGUCAAGUGAGACCAGUUUGGUACCACUUACUAAAGGUGGGUGUCAGGGUCUUGGUUGUCCCUGUAUCUUCACUUGUGGGAUUGUCCUUGACAUUUGUCAAGAGACAGUAGGGGAUGCUGGCCGAGAUGCUGCUCACAGUGCACUUGCGUACAGCCCAGAGAUUCUAUCUGCUGUAGAACAGCAGUUGCAAACCAGACCCUUGAAGCUGGCCACCUGAUUGGAGCAUAGAGAAAAUGGUGGAGGUGGGGCAGUGUUAGGAGAAGUAAGUCUGAGUUUGCGGUUUUUAUUCCUGGCCAUUUCACACUUCUCAGCCACUACGAGCCGCAGACAGCUCAGAAGGAUGGUUUUAAAGUCCUACGUACUUAGUGCACUGGUCACACCUUCUGUAUCCUGCUGUGGUGCAGGGGUGGGUGGGAACGCCUUUCUGUAGGGACAGGGCUUCCCUGUCUCUCUGUGAAAGUAUCCAAAUUAUUAAAAAAUUAUCUUUCAUCUUGGGCCUUUAAUUGUUUUCUUUUAUGGGGAAGUAGAGCCAGAGGCCACAUAGAAUGGAAACGGCCUGGUUUAAGUGGUAGGUGGGUUGAAACUGGGUUGUUUAGCAAGUUGCAGAGAAACCGAAAAGGGUUAGAGUGCUUUCAGCUACAGAGGGACUUUACAGUUACAUUUGGUUCUUAUAGCAGUUUUGACAAUUAGAACUGUCAUCCCUCUUUAAUAGUGAGAAGAUAUAAAUCUGAGUGGAAAUUAGAGGAAACUAAGAUGAGAACCAAAGUCAGUUCCCAGUGUUAGAGAUGUAACUUAGUGGGGAGAGAGCACCAACUAGCAGGUUGGAUUCCUGGUACUGCUAAAGUGUGAUGUAGUAAUCUCUUCUCUGGACAUCGGAGCGAAGGGUUAGAACUUCACACUCAUGCUUGGCUCACUUCAGCUGGCUAGAGGCCCACCUGGUGCUACAUUAGAGCAGAAAGUUAGGUCUUCCAAGUCAGGUCCCCUGUGUGCUGUACUUUUAAGGAAGACUCACUAAGGUGUCCUGCUGAAACCGCAGGGUAAUUAGAGUUGUGUGGGAAGCCUGGCUCUCAAACCGCAGGUGACAGGAUGAGAUGAAGUCAUACUCUUGAUGGUGUGGGAAUGGACUGAAAUGAUGAGAAGUGGGAGGACUAUAGUGAGGGGAAUAAAAAUUCCUUGUGUGUUUUAUAUUUUUGGAUAUCAUAUUCAUACAGAAAAUGAUGUGGUAGUUCUUAGACAAUAAUAAGGGAAGGUAGGAGAUACUCUGUGAGAUAUUUACUGUUGGCUAAAACCUCUGAGAUUUUCCUUAGAAAAUCCCAUAAAAGUCACUCUUACUUUCGGCUUCAGAUCUACUCCAAACUUUUAUAUACUGAGGGUAUCUGAUUGCCUGUCUGAUUAGUACAUGCAAAUAUAUUGUAUAUCCUAGCGAAUACAGAGUUAAAAUACAGGCUUAUUUAAUGAUGCCAGUUUGUGGGGUUGACUCCCCAAAAGUCUAGUUUUGCAGGGAACAGCUCUUGUAAUACAGUGGCAUCAUUGAUCCUCUGAGCUUCUGUUGGACAGAUUGGUAAAAUUACUCAGACCAUGUACCCAAGACAGGAUUUAGUGAAAAGCAUUCGGAUCUACUUGUACUUUAAGAUUUAUUUUUUCUGUGUGUAUCUGUGUUUGUGUGAGUAUGUGUGGGAACUGGUGGAAGAAGAAGUCAUGCAGAUGUGGGAGCUGGGAACUGAGCUCUGGGCAUCUGGAAGAGCAGGGGGUGCUUGCCAGCCCUGCGGCAUGUACUUCUAACACUGUUGAAGAAUAUUUUGCCAUGGAAGAUCUUUCAAUAAAGGUGUCCCAAAUCACUGGUUAGAGAUACAAAAAUAAAUUUUAGUAUUUUAUAUUUAAUUGUUGUCUGCCAAUCUCUCAAGAAUAUUGUUUCUUCUGCCAAUAUGAGAAGUCUCACAUCUUUUUUUAAAUGAAUAAAACAGAAAAUAAGUUCCUUUUCCAACCUGGACCUGAGGAAAGCAAUUUUUUUUUUUUUUAUUGUUAGUGAAUGAGUCCUUAAAUACUUUCUGAAUGGGUUGGGUUCCUCUCAACUGGCAAGCCAAGGGAAAAGGGAGCCCAGAGUUCUAUAAUACUUAAUAUUUUCAGAUGAUUCGAAUCCCUACAUGUGACUUUGCAGAACUUUGUGAAGUUUCUCUUUUAGGUGUUUAUGAAGGAUAGGGGUAUGGGAUGAGAGAAAGACACCAGACUUGCCAGUCACAGUUUUGAUGGAUUUUGCCAGUUCAUAGCUUUUUGACCUUCUGCUGACCAACCUCAGGAGGACGUCACAUGCUUAGAUUGCAGAGGCUGUGCGGGCCCAUGAGAUAAAUUGCACCCCAGCAUCAGAGUGCUGCACAGUGAAAGGCCCUUCAACCUCAGCCAGCACAGAAGCCCUUUUUACACAGGAACUAACGUAUAUGUUUAGUUCUCCGUGUAUUAUUGUGGCUUUGUAUGUACUGUGUCCUAUGCCUGGUGUACCUUUUCUAAAGGACCAACUCCCCAUUUCUCCUCUGCUCCUCCUUUGGUUUAUGCAUGUGGGUGUUUUGCCUAAAUGUAUGUAUGUGCGCCACAUGCGUGCCUGAUGCCCCUGGAGGUCAGAGGAUAACAUCCCUUUGAACUGGAGUUGUAGACAGUAGUCAAGUGCCGUAUGGGUGCUUGGAGUCAA